AUAACAUCUAACGUCAAAUCUCAAUCAAACAAUUUCACACGACUCCUAAUUAUCAUCACCGUCAUGACUCUUUGUCGAUUGUCUGCGCCCCUUUUUGAAGAUCGCCACUGACGCGGUGAGAGGCACGUGAUUGCUCUAGCUCCACCUGCAGCCCGAUUAGCGCAUCCGGCUCUUCAGAUUUCCGUACCUGGAAGAUGGCCUGAGCCGCUAGUCUUUGAAAAUAUUAAACAUUCGAGGCGCGCUUCUCAACACAGUCAUUAUCGCUCCUCGUCUCCAUCACUCCUUUGCGUGGCUGGCACAAUGGACUCUCUUCUUGCGAACGGCACUCUCAAUGCCACCCUGGUAUCCUCAGACACUUAUUUCGGCAUCUACAACGAGUUGUCAAAGUACAACAUUCAAUUGAACAUUUUCGAGCGACUUUGGGCGACCUGGUAUGCCUAUAUGCAAAAUGACGUCCUCGCGACUGGUAUCAUGAGCUUCGUCAUGCACGAAGCUGUUUACUUCGGCCGGAGCAUCCCCUGGAUCAUUAUCGACCAAAUUCCAUACUUCAACAAAUACAAGCUUCAGGGGGCCAAGAUCCCGACCAUGAAGGAACAAUGGACAUGCACAAAGCUGGUUAUACUCAGCCAUUUCACCGUUGAACUUCCUCAGAUCUGGCUCUUCCAUCCAAUGGCCAAGUCCUGCGGUAUGGAUACCGGCGUCCCGUUCCCGGCGUGGCAAACCAUGGCCAUUCAGAUUGCGAUCUUCUUCGUCUUGGAGGAUACAUGGCAUUACUGGAUGCACCGACUCUUUCACUGGGGUUUCUUCUACAAGAACAUCCAUAAGAUCCACCACCAAUACUCUGCUCCCUUCGGUCUCGCUGCUGAGUACGCGUCGCCAAUCGAGACGAUGGUUCUCGGCGCCGGUACUGUCAUCAUUCCAAUCAUCUGGUGCUUGGUGACCCAGAAUCUCCACGUCCUGACUAUGUACCUUUGGAUCACCUGCCGUCUCUUCCAAGCCAUCGAUGCCCACAGCGGAUACGAUUUCCCCUGGAGCUUGCACCAUUUCCUUCCGUUCUGGGCUGGAGCCGAGCAUCACGACGUUCACCACGAACAGUUUAUUGGAAACUAUGCCAGCAGCUUUAGAUGGUGGGAUUAUGUUAUGGACACCGAGUCUGGCCCCGAGGCCGCCAAGAAGAGACGUGAGCGCAAGCAAGCAAAGUUGGCAAAGAAGGCUCAGUAAAUGCGCUGAAGAGAGGAGAAAGGGUGUAUAUACCGAUGGCGGGUGCAGAGAUGCACAUAGGAGGAGCAUUGUACAGUGUACGGGAAGAGGAUGUCCGAAUGCAUGGCGGUUGGGGAGCAUAGCAUGGUAGUGCGGCGGUUCGCAGUCAAUGGGUAAUAGGAUUCUAGUCUGGAUUGGCUGGCUCUGUCUGCAACUACACGGCGUUUCUGAAUUUGGGCGUAAUGGAGGCUCCCCUAGAAUCAUACAGUAGACUACCUUGUAGUCACCUAAUUAAUAAAUACAUGACCUUACAACCUAUUCUGCCUCGCUGCUCUCUUCCUUAAUAUGCUCAGCUUGAUGCUGCUCAGUCUGUAUCCUACAAUCGCAUUAACUCAUCGCUACCAACCCAAACUCACUACACCUUCGAAGUCCCCUUCGGCACACAACAAUCACCCCCCUCACUCGCAACUCGAUCCACCAACUCCUUUCCCACCCCACCUGUUUCCCCCUUCCCCU